CUUGCCGUGAUCACUCUUGAGACGCACCUUUAUUAUACACCAUGGAGUUUUCACACCCAGCUUCCCGAUCCUAUCCGAAAUCGCGCGGGUAUUUUAUUGCCGAAUGAGCGACCCCGAUCUCUUCGUCUCUCUUUUUCGGAACCGCGACUUUGUCGCGCCGUAGUUUCCGCUUUCCGUAUCCGCGAUUUCCGGUCUCGGGAAAAUCUCACGCGAUUCCGUCACGCGGUCGGUUCCAACAAACUUAGCGCGCGGCACUUCGUUCAACUCAGAAAAAAAAAAAAAUAAAAAAACUCAUCUAUUAUCAUUAAAAUUGUGCGUGGUCAUACUCAAUGACAACUUUUUGUUAUUUCAAGAAUUUGCCUACAUGUGUUUCACCAUCCCCAUUAAGGCUGAACUUGUGAAAUUUGUGUUCUAAGCUCCAGUGUUUUAUAAAGUUAUUUUAAAAUCGAGUAUAUAUAAACAAAUUACAUCCAGUGCAUCGUCAUAUUUCACAAAUCGGAAGACGUGGAUUAUGGCAUCAGCUUUGAGUGAAAGCUCAGACACAUCAACAACAAACGACUACUAACGGCAUCUGCAAUCAAGGCGGCGAACUACCUGAGACUCGAAAAGGUAAACAGACACGCAGCGCUGUAUUAUCUUUCAUCGCUCGUGAACUUUGGAGAGAUGAUUGAUAGGUUUAGAAAGUGAAGCCGCAGCUUGCCGGAGACUUUUAUCCGAUCUUUUGAAUAUUCUUGCGAUUGAUGGAAAUUUUUACCUCUUGAAAUAAUUCAGUCAUCCUACAACCACAGCUACUACACCUGGCUGAGCAGUUUUAUGAUCUCAGCAGAUUGAUACCCACGGCUGAAAUCUGUUCAUUCUAUUGGACUUAUUGCUGAAACUAGCUCAAAACGGUCAAUGCCGGUGAUAUUAAACGUUAUCAGCAAUUAAGUACUACAUCAAAAUUAGCUUUAUGUGUUGAGCCUGGAACUACAAACAAACACAUUUCGAAUCUCACCUAUUUGAGGAAUCUAACUUCAUACAACCAACACAAUUUGAUAGAGUAUACAGUGUUACAGCUAAUCUCACAUUUUCAACUAAUACUUGUGCAAGAAAGGACAGUUGUGCAAUAUUUGAUAGGUGUGUGCAAAUUACUGAAAAAAUACAUUCACGAAGUCUGGUGUCAGUGGAACAUUACAUCAUCAUUAACCUUAACUCGUUUCCUGGUAUUUUUUAUUACACACAAAAAAAACUGAUAUUUGUGCAAUAGUUUUCUUGUAAGUAACAAAUUCGCCAUUUUAAACCAAAACAUUUGACAUUCGUGAAUUUUCGGAACGUUGUGCGUACUCAUAGUGUACUAUAGCGUGCUUACGUACUCAACCACGUAACGUACAUUCGUAACGGAGACAGUUGUGUAUCAGACGAUCGUGCUUAUGCUUGAUGAGAACCUGACGAAUCGGUUCCGAUAGUGCGGGUUUUAGGUUAAGUGGGACUCGCGGGCGCGGGUGGUCGGUUGGUCAAGGUGUGCGGUUCGGGCGGCGCGGUGACGAAGCUCGAGGCGGAGGAGCCCUCGGGGUCGGGGGAGGCCCGGAUCACGACGACGCUGGGCACGGACGGGCGAUACUGGGGCGCGGGAGUGGGCGCGGGUGACGUGGAGUGCGGCUACUCGUCUCCGUGGCCGCCGCUCGCCCUGCCGGAGCUGGACCCGGUCACGGCGGCCGCCUGGGGGCGGAAGCUCUACCCGGGCGCCGCCCGCAACGGGGGCCUCAUGUUCGGGCUCCACCACCACCAGGACGCCUCCACGGCCGGCCUCCACCACCACCACCACCACCACCACCAGCCGAGGGGCCCCGUCACCGGCCUCAAGGAGGAGCCCCUCUCCACCUCGCAGCUCGCCGCCGCCAGGUCAUGGAUGCAGCCUUCCGUCGUCGAUCAGUCAAGUGUGGGUGUGGGUAGAGCUCAAUUUGAAAAGCAACCUCCUAGCAAUUUAAGGAAAUCAAAUUUCUUCCAUUUUGUGAUAGCCCUCUAUGAUAGGGGUGGCCAACCUAUAGAAAUUGAAAGGACAGCUUUUAUUGGUUUUAUAGAAAAGGAUCAAGAGUCAGAGGCUCAAAAAACGAACAAUGGAAUUCAAUAUAGACUGCAAUUAUUAUACGCAAAUGGUAUAAGGCAAGAACAAGAUAUAUUUGUCAGACUAAUAGACUCAGUUACCAAACAGGCAAUCAUUUAUGAGGGCCAAGACAAAAAUCCGGAGAUGUGCCGGGUACUUUUGACACAUGAAGUCAUGUGUAGUCGUUGCUGUGAUAAAAAAAGCUGUGGUAACAGGAAUGAAACUCCGUCAGAUCCUGUUAUUAUCGACAGAUUUUUUCUAAAAUUUUUCCUUAAGUGCAAUCAAAACUGUCUGAAGAAUGCAGGCAAUCCACGAGAUAUGAGGAGAUUUCAGGUGGUGCUCUCAACUCAAGUGAGCGUGGAUGGUCCCUUAUUAGCUGUUUCUGAUAACAUGUUCGUCCAUAAUAAUUCCAAGCACGGUCGACGCGCCAAGAGGUUGGACCCAUCAGAAGGUCUAUAUCCACCUUUACCUGUUGCUACUCCGUGCAUAAAAGCAAUUAGUCCCAGUGAAGGUUGGACCAGUGGAGGGUCCACCGUUAUCAUAAUUGGAGACAACUUUUUCGACGGACUGCAAGUAGUUUUUGGCACCAUGCUGGUUUGGAGUGAGCUGAUAACAUCUCACGCCAUUCGAGUCCAAACGCCUCCUAGACACAUUCCCGGUGUAGUUGAAGUAACUUUAUCGUACAAAUCGAAACAGUUUUGCAAAGGCGCUCCUGGUAGAUUUGUGUAUGUCUCUUUGAACGAACCUACUAUAGACUACGGAUUCCAGAGGCUACAGAAACUAAUACCGAGGCACAUGGGUGAUCCAGAAAAACUUCCCAAGGAAAUCAUCUUAAAGCGAGCAGCCGACCUGGCAGAAGCUCUGUAUAGUAUGCCGCGGAACAACCAGCUUGGUCCAAGAUCUCCGACGGGUCCAAACUCUAGUAUGUUUAACUCUUACACUGGACAACUGGCCGUCUCGGUUCCUGAAAACGGAAAUGGACAAUGGACUGACGAGGAGUAUGGACGAGGCCAAAGUAGUAGCGUUUCACCGCGAGGCGGCUACGGUUCCAGCGCAUCGACUCCGCAUUCAUCGAAUGGCGGUUCUUUCAAUAACAGCUCGACACCGGGAAGUGGCAACAUGAAUGGCUCAACUUAUUCUAGUGGUGUUGGGAGUAUAGUAUCGUCUCCAUUCGCCACCAUGAACCCGUUCGCGCUUCCGACGUGCAAUUCGCAAUCUUACGGCUCGAGCCCUAUCGUCGGCGCAUCCAAGUAGCAUCAAGAAUUAAUGCUAUCAGCUUUCUAUUCUACAAAUGAAGCAGUCUCUACUUAGAAAAUUAAACAUAGAAAUAGAACAAUGCUGGGUUGUGUAAUAUCAGUUGGAUAAACAAUGUUAAAAAUAGGUAUUUUGUGAGGUUUUGAGAAUCGCAAACACCCUAGAACUUUCCUUUGUUCACCUUAAGAGAAGCGUUUAGUUUUCCUUUGUGGAAAAUAUACGUUUUGGCUGAUUCUAAGUCUUUUGGAGACUCAACUUUUCUCCAAAACUAAUUUCCAUCACGUUGCCAAUAAAAAAGACGUUACACGUCUGCUAAUUAGAAAAUUCAUUUCUCAAAUUCUUCUUUUUUAAAAAACUUGAAAAUCUUAAAAUCUUUUUUAUGCAUUUCUGUAAUGUGUAUUUUCCUGCUCCUCUCAAAUUUCUUUUUCAACGUUUCUUUUGUCUCCUCUGAUUUGAAAAUUGUAUAUAUUUAAAAUCUGUAUUUUUUUAGUAUUCGUGCAAGUUGAUUAUCCUAAAUCAUUUGUGACGGUUUGAUUCUCAUUUCAGAACACACAAGAGCAUAUAUGAUGUGAUCGAAACCACUUAUCAUGUUUCACGUGGAUGAUUUUUGUGUUUUUUGAUUAAACAAAUAUUCCAAUGAUCUGAGCUCUAACUUUAAAUGCAAUUAGUUGCACCUUUUAACUUCGUUGAUCUCUUUUUAAUAGAUAGUUUUCUUAUAUCUUUGUACUGAUAAGAUGAUUAGUAAUAAUACACUAAAUAGUUGCUUGCGUUGUUACAUUUCAAGUCCCCAGGUAAAGCUGUCGUUGAAAGCCCACCCUUGGAAUUGUAAAUUCAUACAUUUUAUACUAUUAGAAUACUAUUCAUUUGCUCAAAAACUGGUUUAAACUACCAGUAAAUCUGGAGAGAGAGUCAUUUAAUAAAGCUCAGUGUCGAAUAUUGUCAAUCAAGGUGGUUUUAAUGAAAAAAAGAAAAACAACAAAAACCAUAAGAAGCUGAUACACCUCUCAGGUGAGUUUCUGUAGUUUGUUUCCCGUGUACACAAAAAAAAAUUCCAAGCUUGCCACCAGUUGAUGUGGUUUGAAUAUCUUUACAGCUUUACAUAUAUAUAAAACAAAAAAGUAACAACUUUCCGCUGACCUGGUUCUCCGCCCUAAUUUCUCAUUCAAUUUCUCGUUAGAAUGAGUAUGAGUAGGUAUGUAAUUUCAUUUCGAUAGUUGUUUUGAGUCAUUUACCUCGAUAUCAAACAUAACUUACCGUUGAAAAUUUCGAACUGGGCGAUAAACUUUGCAUCCCUUCAAUUAUUUGUCGGGCUUCGAGAUCGUUCAGAUGAUACUUACCUGGUUCCAAAUUGUCUCUCCAUAUGAAUGAAAAUAAUUUAUCGUAUCUUGUAUAGUUAUCAACAAGGAAGUGUCCAGAUGAUGUAUAUAUGUAAAAAAAAAAACUAAUUAUUGUAAAUUUACUUGUAAUAUUUCGGGGAAAAAUUAUGGACACGUCCUGUUGUUGGAAUAAGUGUACAUUACAUGCGUGUAUAUGAAUCGCAAAUGUCUUUUUUUUUAAGUUUAUUUUACCAUUGUUACCUUAUAUUGUAGAAAUACUGCUACAAGCAUCAUCAUCGUCAUUGUACCUACUAUCAUUAUAUAUCACUUUAAGUUUAAAAGUCUUGUACAAACGUACUUAAAUUAAAAUUUACAUCGAAGAAGAA